AUGACCGUGUCCAACAAUGACAAACCUCUCCGAAUCGCCAUUGUCGGUGGUGGUAUCGCAGGCGUCACCCUCCUCCUAGCACUGCUAAAGCACACCUCCCGUCAGAAUAUCGCACCGCACCUCUAUGAAGCCACACCAGAGUUCUCGGAGAUCGGCGCUGGGAUUGCCUUCGGUUCGAACUCCAUUCGUGCCAUGGAGCUCAUUGACAGCGGACUAGCAGCGGCCUAUAACCAACAUGCGACGUUUCAGCCAGAUACAGGCGCCUUAGAUAAGAAGCUUUGGUCCAGUUAUCGGAUGGGCAUGGAUGGGAGAGGCCCACCAUCCAACAGUCUGAAAGCAGGUGAUUACCUGCACGAGGUGCAUGCGCCAGUCGCAAGGAGUAGCGUUCAUCGCGCUCGAUUUCUCGAGGCCAUGACGGCACUACUUCCACCCGAAGGGGGCUUCGUGAGCUUUGGCAAAAGACUGGUCUCGAUCGAAGAGGGAGCGGAUGGAGCCACAGUGCACUUCGCGGAUGGAACUUCCGUCGUGGCAGAUGCAGUGCUGGGAUGUGAUGGCAUCAAAUCACGAGUGCGACAAAUAUUGCUUGAAGGUGAAGAGGCAGCUAACGCUGUUUUUACGGGUAAAUAUGCCUAUCGAGGCCUGAUCCCGAUGGAUGAAGCAGUUGCCGCUCUGGGCGAGUACACAGCACGCAAUAAUCACUUCCACUGGGGAUACGGCGGCCAUCUCCUAACGUUUCCGAUCGAGCACGGCCGGACAAUGAACGUCGUGGCCUUCCGAACAAAGGACAAUGGGGUCUGGGAGCACGGGUCCCAGUGGGUGCUGCCAGGGAAUAAAAAACAGAUGUUGCAGGACUUUGAAGGCUGGGGACCAGAUGUCAGAGCCAUCCUCUCCCUGAUGAGGAAUGCAGAUAUAUGGGCCAUGUUCGAACAUGCGCCCGCCAGUACCUAUCACCGGGGUGGCCGCAUCUGCCUCGUUGGGGAUGCAGCUCAUGCGAGCACGCCGCAUCAGGGUGCUGGAGCGGGUAUGGCAGUGGAGGAUGUCUUUGUCUUGUCACGUCUCCUGGGAGCGGUCCGGGAGAAGAAUGACUUGGUCCGAGCGUUCGUAGCAUAUGAUGCCAUACGACGGCCCCGGACCCAGGAAUUGGUACGCACUAGUCGGGAUGCUGGCAUGCUCUAUGAGUGUCAGAAAGAGGGAGUGUGGGAUAAUGUUGACAAGAUUCGCGAGAAUCUAGAUAUGCGCAUGCGCUGGAUCUGGGACCUGGAUGUGGAGCAGCACCUGCAAGAUGCGUUGGACAUUUUUCAUGCUAGUUCUUGA